CACCACAACAACACCUGGCUGUCAAACGCUGGUGCCCGGAAAAUAGUCGGCUUCGAAUUUUCGCCAUACGCUGCAGCAAAAGGUUUUCUUUUUAAUACAAUCGAAAGGGAAAACAAAAGUGAAACCUAGCUCGAAAGUUGUUUAGUAUUACAGCGAGAACAUUAUUGUGGUUUAGUUUAGUGAAAAAGGCGGCCCUACAAAUUCGACGCCUGCUCGUUGGAAAUGGAACAGCUCAGCCUAAGCAUGGCUAAAACACUGCUAGUCAAUCCGACUGACCCACCAAUCGGCCCAUCGAAUACCCUCCCAAAAAAGGCCGCACGGAGUAAGAAAAUGUUGAAAGAGAUGGAGUGUUCCGUACCGAUCGAGGAAGCGCUCAGGACGGAACUUGCUACGGACAACAUGAAAACGCCGAUAUCCUUGCUGCAGGAGCUGCUCAGCCGUCGGGGCAUUACGCCGCAGUACGAUCUGGUACAGGUGGAGGGUGCGGUGCACGAACCCAGCUUCCGGUAUCGUGUUUCGUUCAUGGAUAAAGAUGCAAUGGGCACGGGAAAGUCCAAAAAGGAAGCGAAACAUGCGGCAGCCAAAGCAUUGAUAGAAAAGCUGACCGGAUCUUGCUUGACCGUUGUUCACCCCAGAGAACAUGUGAAGCAGGAAAUUUGCGACGUAAACAACGAGAAAGAAGCGAUAGGCAAUCCUAUCGGUUGGCUGCAGGAGAUGUGCAUGGCACGACGCUGGCCACCGCCAGCGUACGAGACGGUAACGGAAAAAGGUCUUCCCCAUGAGCGCGAGUUUACGAUGGCGUGCCUGGUACUGAAGCAACGCGUAGUGGCCGAAGGCAAGAGCAAAAAGAUCGCGAAACGGCAGGCGGCACAAAAGAUGUGGCAACGGCUGCAGGAUCAACCGUUGGAAUCGAACCAGACGAUGGCGCCAUACGACGAGGACGACGAUGAAGAGCGCGUAAGCUUGUACGACAGAGGCAUCAACUACGCCGAGCUUCUGGACGAUAUAGCUAGAGAGCAAGGGUUCGACGUGACGUACGUCGAUAUCGACGAGAAGACAGCCAAUAACGAGUUCCAGUGUUUGGUGCAGCUGUCCACGAUGCCGGUUGCCGUGUGCCAUGGCAGUGGGCUUACGAUUCAAGAGGCCCACACACAUGCGGCUCGCAAUUCGCUCGAGUAUCUCAAGAUAAUGUCAAAGUAUCAUAAGAAAUGAAAAUGAUUGGUUGACAUCGAAAGCGGCAGGAAAUUUAGUCCUUGCUCUGGCCGGCCAGUCGCGGCCACAAUGCGAUGUGCGGUGGGCGCAACAAACCCACCGGAUACACCGUCGCUAGAACAUUAUGUUCACAAGAGAACGUUCGGAAACUGGAGAUUUAGCUACUUCCGUUGACACACACGAACACACAAUUUGCUUGUAGUUUUUGCAAUUUAAUUUUGAUGCUCAUGCUUAUUAUAAUCGUUGUUUUUGUUUAUAAUUUGAAUUCCUUAAUUUUAUUUGUCUCUUUCAUAUUGAAAAAGAAUAACGUACUUUGAAGAUGUUCCUGAACACAAUUAAAAUAUUGAAUGUAAUUCUCAAAUAAUGGUAAAAUGAUAGUGAAAUGAUAACGAUUUGCUCGAAGCUAUAUGAAAAGAUUGGCUCAAGGUUUGAAUGCGACUGGUUGAAGUAUAUGAUUAACUCUAGCAAAGUCAUACAACAUCUCCCGAAAGGUUGCAUGUUGCUAAAAAUUGUGUAUAGUUUGUGUUAUCUUCCGACGAGAAACGAAAGUGAAGUUUCAAACUUUACCUAAAGUUUUGCAUCUCAUUGAAGUGUGAAAAAUGCUUGUCUUGUCGGCCCUAACAUUGCUACUACUGCCAUUACUAUGGGGGAUAAACCACAAAGGAAUGCAAUUCGUGUCUAAAAUCAGAGCGAAACAGAACCGGAGAUUACGUGAAAAUGUCCUACGUCUAAUGGUAAAUAAUUAAUUUAUUUAUUUAUCUA